UGUAUUCGUUACUUCCAGUGUAUGGUAUCGCUCCUGUGUGAAAGUGAAUGAAUAUUGUACUUGAAAAUGGCGUUUUCCUUCCGAAAAAUGCUUUCCAACAUCAAUUAUUUCAAGAAAACAGAAGAAUGUUCGGAUAGCGUCCCCGACGAUGCGAAUUUCAAGCUACGCAGGCACGCAUCAGACGAGACGAUCUUACUGGACUUCGAGUGUUUAGAGCCAGACUCCACUUCUAGACAAUGUGCAAGUCUGAAACUUCCGGAAUCCGUGAAAAAUUACGCCGUAAAAAAAGGUUCUUUAUCCGACACAGACUUACUAACUCGAACAGCUGAUACACCCUUACGUUCAAAAAAGCGUAAGUGCAAAAAACUUAAAUUAGAUAUAAAGAAAGCUAGCUGUUCGAUGAAUCAGUUAAGCGCUGAUAGUUUUAAUAAUGCUGAAAACACGCCAAAACACGUUCUCUUAGACUGCAAGAGCCCAGAUUUGUUCAGUGAAAGAUUUAAAGAGUUCCAUUUUAAUAGAUCUUUCGAGUUGCUCGACGCUCUGUCCGAUGAGGUUCCAUCUUCGCCGUUCGAACUCGACAUUGAUUCAUUAUCUGACGACUCCGAAUCAGGUAAUUCAGAAUUCUCAGCUCUCUCCAAUAAAUCGUCAAUUAAAAUGUGUCGGAAGGUCACUGCCAGUCAGUCGAGCAACGAACAGCGUUCGGUACCAUCGACCAGCAUAGAGUCGUUUGGAGAUGUCGACGUUGAGAAAAAUGAAGAGGAAAGGGUACGGUUAUUGGAAACUUAUCAAUUUAAAUUGGCAAAAAUGGACGAUUUGUUGAAGAAGUUUCUCCACGAGUUCCGGUUUCAUAUUGAAGUCUCUAGACUGUUUUAUUCAAAGUCUAUCCUCUCAGCUAAUCCUAAUACUGAUAUCAAAGACCAAAAAAAUUUUGAUCAGAUCUACUUAAAAGAGUGUACCGUCAGAAGCGAAAGUCCCGUCCGUAUGUGGAACAUCGUUAUGGAAAAGGAAGAUACACAGACAAAGGCCAAGAUGAAGAAACAGCUUCUAUCAAUCAAAUCAAACAUAGAGAGAUUCACAAGUAACUAUCUAAAAAUUAUUCCCGAAGACGAGGAAGUUAACCACAAGAGUAUCAAAUUCGAUUUGAACAAACAAAAGAAAUUACAAAAACGUCCAAAAAAUGUUAAUUAUAAAAAGAAAAUGAAGCAUUUCGAUUUCCCGGACCUGAGAGACGCCAUGCUCAAUUUAUUUACGGAGGAGAUGACGAAUGAUCUUACCCUGAGCGACUCCGAAUACUCCAAUAUCUGCCAAUGUAUGUGUAAGUGCCAUACACCCUCAACACCAACAUCACAGACCGACUCUGGAAUGCUAACAAAAACCAACGAUGGCUCCAUGUCCAUCACAUCAUCGAUCGGCAACUUCAGCUUGGAUUCGUCAACAUUGACCGCUUACUCUGAAACCUUAGAACAAGUCGUGAGCUAUAACAGCUUUCAAGACACGAGCCUCUACAACAGUCUCCUCCAAAAGGCAGCCAUCGAGCGAAUCACCUUCUAUGUACAAGUACAUAGCAUUCAACUGAAAUGUGAAGAAUACGAUGAACAAAAAAGCUUUACUUUCCAUUGUCCCUCAUGCAAAGACACUCUUCAAGAUGAGAACAGCCUCCUCAGACACAUUUUAAGCCAGAGUCAUUGUGAGAAAAUACAUUUUGUUUACAAAACGGCUUAUAUUAAGAAAUGUAUGUCGUCCGGUAAGGAAAUUCAACCAAGUACCGUUUUAAACUCUAUGACAAUGUACAGAGAUGAGAACAAAAUUGUUUGCUUCGGCGACGCUAUGUAUGCUUGUUCUUUAUGCUUUGAGAAUUUCAUAGUCGGUGAGUCCGUGCUGAUGGCACACUGUUACGAUCCACAACACGUAGAAAAACGGUCCAAACUCGAUGAAAUCAUAGGUUAGCAGCAUGAUAUAUUUGAAAUUAUGAUUUGUGUAUUUUAAUCAAUUUUUUUUCGU